GAGGUGCUGGUAUAAAGCCGGAGCGCCGCACAUGUGCAGCUUCAGUGACAGCAGAACUCUGCUGCAGAGGAUCCCAAACGAGCGUGAGCUUCCCGCCUGAACAGGAUUACUUCAGGAGUUCUGAGAAGAAGGAUGGAUUUAAAAGUCUGGAUCUCCGUGCUGUCAGUGUUCUGGACUGGUCUGGACUGGACUUUCUGCGCAGUCUUGGCGCAACCCUCCGCGCAGACUCCGUCGGCAGCCGGCAUCAGCGCACAGCUCCAUGUGCGUCACAAACGCUGCUCCUGCGCCACCUUUCUAGACAAGGAGUGCGUGUACUUCUGCCACCUGGACAUCAUCUGGGUCAACACACCUGAGCGCGUGGUCUCCUACGGGCUGGGAAACGCACCCAGAGCCAAGCGAGCGCUCCCGGACUCCAUGGCAACCAGCAUCCAGCCCCGUUGUCUGUGCGUCCGCGAGGACGACAGCAGCUGCGCAAACUUCUGUCACAGGCGUGACACGGAGACGGGGACACCCCCCCGCAGAGAAGCACCGCUUGGGACCAAACCGGGAGGAGGCACGCGCCACACUGAAAGGAUGAAGAAGAACAUGGCGUGGAAGGCAGUUCUCAGAGCCCGCCUGCUGCUGCAGACCUGGAGGGACAGGGGGCGUCAUAGAGUGAGAGUGAGAGCCCCGCCUCCUCCAUCUGACAGCCCCCAGAGAAUAGGUUCAUCAUUGCGAAGGAUUUUGCAGCCGGAGGAGCGUUCACCCCUCAGUCAAAGAGGAUUCCGGUUCUCUCCCGGACUCAGGAACAUUUGAAGCUUUGGAUCUGGACUGAUCCCUGUCCCACCAUGUUCCACAGCAGAACUUUCAGCACCAGCUCCCCUAUUUAUUUAUUUACCCCCCUCUCCCCCAGCUCUGCAGACCACAUUGGUCCACCUCGUUGGUUUCUUCAUUUCUGUGAAAUGAUUUUUGUGUGAAGGUGCCAGAUCCCGGCACGCUUUAAUAAAAGUUGAUAUUUAAUUGUG